AAAUUUGCCAACAGUUUAGCUCCAGACAUAUGCCUUAGACAAACGUAUUCGCAGCUUCACUCCGCUAUAUUUACAGCAGAUUUAUUUUUGUUUAAAAUGUUUUUUUGUUAUACUUUAUACAAGAACAACAAAAAAGUGGUAGUAGACAUGUUGUAAAUUGCGGGAAACGAGAAUGAGCAUCAUUUAACAUUGAAUUAACGACGAAUAGGUCUACACAUGGUGGUCAAAAGAAACAGUUAAAUCUAUAACCAAAAAAAAAAAUAAUAUCGAGAAAAUUAUGUGAAGACAAAAUUGACCGAAUGGAAAACCAAAAAAUAACAAAAAAGCAACAAAAACAGCAGAAAAUAUAAACAACAAUAAAAAAACAAAACAAAACAAAAAACUCAUCAUAUAAUGUUGACCACAGAAGUAAUUGUUCAAUUAAUUGCUCAAUUUUAUUUAAAUUUUUAUAAAUUUUCAAUAAAAGCCUGAUGUCUGUCAAUAUUUCUUGUACGUUGCGUCGCACUCUACGUUUCUAUCACUCACUCUCUCGUUUUCUAAAAACCACAACAAUUUCAUUAAAUGCAAAUUACUAACUAACUAUUUUGGAAAGCAUUUAGUUAGUAAUAACAACUAACUGCAACAUAAAUAUAAAUAAUAAAGAAUAAAUAAUAACAGCAUUAAUAUUUAAUAAAUUAUUUAAAACUGCCUAUAAUUUAAAUUUAAACAAGAAAAAUAAAAUAUAAAUUUCCCAUAGAAAUAAUAAUAAAUUCACUUGCUACUAUAAUAAAUUAUUCGCGUAUAUGAUAACACCCACAAACCAACCAAAUCAAAUCCACCCAACAUUUAAACGUAAUACCCGUAAUUAGCGUCACUAUUUGCCAACGUCGACGUCUACAUUGUUGCUGUUGUUUGUUUGUUUGUCAACGGCAUUGAAAACAAAAAGAAAAAAAUAAACACAAAAUAAAUCCGUUUCAGCAGAAUCAAUAUCAAUAUAAUUGAUAUUAUUAUAAUCUAUUAGAAAAUAAUUAUCAAAUUGUAUUAAUUUAUUAACAACAACAACACAAUAAUGGCCAUUAAUAUAUUGGAUUAUGAUCAUUAUGCCAUCAGUGCCAUUGUAACGGUCAGCAUGCAAAUAUUUUUCUUUCUCAUCAAUUCAAUACUUCAAAUGGAUAAAUUAACUGAUUUUGCUGGAGGUGUUAAUUUUAUUAUAAUAUCGCUGUUGACUUUUUUCUUGGGACAAAUAGAUCGUCCAUCAAAGGCCUACGAUAGUCGUCAGUUGAUGGUCACUUUAUUUGUGUGCCUUUGGGGCGCCCGUCUAUCUGGUUAUUUACUAUAUCGUAUUGUUAAACUGGGACGAGAUAAACAAUUCGAUGAUACACGUCGAAAUAUCAUUAGAUAUGCUGUAUUUUGGACAUUUCAGGCUGUUUGGGUAUAUAUCGUUUCAUUACCCGUCAUUAUUAUCAAUUCACCACGUCAUUCACAGCCAAAUGCACCCAAAACAAUGACAACACUGGAUUCAACUGGUACGGGUAUGUUUAUAGUGGGCUUGUUGGCUGAAACAUAUGCGGAUUUGCAGAAAUUUUCAUUUCGUCAGGAUCCUGCCAAUCAAGGAAAAUUUUGCAAUGACGGUCUAUGGAGCCUGUCAAGACAUCCGAAUUAUUUUGGUGAGGUGGUUAUAUGGUGGGGUAUUUUUGCAAUAUCACUUAAUGUUAUAUCUGGCCACGAAUGGGUGGCAAUUGCCUCUCCCAUAUUUACUACAUUUAUAAUAUUGUUUUUAUCGGGUAUUCCUUUAAGGGAACGUUCAGCGGAUGAAAAAUAUAAAGAUCAACUGGAAUAUCGUAAAUAUAAAGCAUCCACAUCACCACUGAUACCAGUACCACCAUCUGUUUACGUUGAGGUACCGGCUGCUUUGAAAUUCAUUCUAUGCUGCGAAUUUCCCAUUUAUGACACAAUGAAGAUCCAAAAAGACAUUAGCCCAUAUUCACUUUCAAUUGCAAGAUCCCACUCACACAUAUAG